AUCUAAAGUAGGCUCUGGACGUGUAGUAUUAUUCGUAAAUGACAAUUUGACGGUGUGCAUGUGACGUCGAUAGUUUGACUGUAUCGUGCAAUGUAUGCCUAACGAUUUUAUUGUAGAGAAGAAAUGGAUAAAGUGUAUUUUUCAGUGAUAAAACAAAAAUGUCAGAGUUGAUGGAUAAUUCUUCAGAAAAGAUUGACAUAAUCCUUCCUAGGCAAAGCUUGCUAUACCAGGAAGAAAAUUUGGAUUAUAUACUUUGUAAACCUAAAUUAAUUCCUUUAAAAUCAGUUACAUUAGAAAAGUUAGAGAAGAUGCAAAAGGAUGCUGAAUUAAAGGUCCGAGAAGCAGUAGAAUAUAAUAAUGCAAAUGAUAAUGAAUAA